AUGGACGAGGACGAGGACCUCUACGACUGCGUGGAGAACGAGGAGGCGGAAGGAGACGAGAUCUACGAGCACCUGAUGAGGUCAGAGCCCUGCGCCAUGCCGCAGAAGAUGACCGAGCUGGACAAGAGGAAAUGCUGCUUACAGGAGAUCCAGCAGACAGAGGAGAAGUACACGGGCACGCUCGAAUCCAUUCACCAGCAUUUCAUGAAACCGCUGCAGCAGUUCUUGAGGCCCCAGGACAUGGAGAAUGUCUUUAUUAAUCUCGAGGAACUCCUGAAGAUUCAUCGAUGCUUCCUGGUGGAUCUGAAGAACGCGUUGUCUUUUACCAACUCCCAGAACCUCUAUCAGGUGUUCAUCAAGUAUAAAGAGAAGUUCCUGCUGUAUGGCCGGUACUGCAGCCAGGUGGAAGCGGCCACGAAGCACCUCGACCAGGUGACCAGCGCCAGCGUGGACGUGCGCAUGAAGCUGGAGGAAUGUUCCCAACGAGCCAACAACGGCCGCUUCAGCUUGCGCGACCUCCUCAUGGUGCCCAUGCAGCGGGUACUGAAGUACCACUUGCUCCUGCAGGAGCUGAUCAAAUACACGACGGAGCCGAUGGAGAAGGAGAACCUCCGGCAGGCGCUCGAUGACAUGCGGGAUUUGGCUCAAUGUGUGAACGAAGUCAAGAGAGACAAUGAAAUACUGAAGCAGAUCACAAACUUCCAGCUGUCCAUAGAGAACCUG